AUGACCCAAACAGCGUUCCCUGCCAAGGACGCGCCGGGCUGGCCGUGCGGACACCCAAACGGAGCGGCCGCCAUCGUCGCCGUGGCCGUCUCCUUGGCAACGGCGUCGGCGGUUGGGAGCCGUGAGGCGGCACCGUUUCCCCUCGGCGGCGGGGCCCUCGGGGCCACCGGUCCCCUCAGCGCCACCGGUCCCCUCAGCGCCACCGGUCCCCUCAGCGCCACCGGUCCCCUCAGCGCCACCGGUCCCCUCAGCGCCACCGGCUCCCCUCAGCGGCGCCGGCUCCCCUCAGGGCCACCGGUCCCCUCAGCGGCACCGGCUCCCCUCAGCGCCACCGGCUCCCCUCAGGGCCACCAGCUCCCCUCAAGGCCACCGGCUCCCCUCAGCGCCACCGGAUCCCCUCAGCGGCACCGGCUCCCCUCAGGGCCACCGCGUCCUCUUGGUGCCCUCAGUGCCACCGGCUCCCCUCAGUGCCACCGGCUCCCCUCAGCUCGGUACAGACCAGCGCCCCGCCGGGGGUGA